GUCAGGCUCACGACAAAAUGCGAGUCCUUUUAGUUGUUAGUUUGUUGUGUGCAACGGCAUUAUGCGUCGAUGUUAAAAAAGCUGACGCGAAAGUAAGUGAAAAAAUCGAAGAUCCUCCUGCGGCGAAGGCGAACCAAGAGAUAAAAAAUUUGGAAACGGAACUCAUCAACGAAGACGAACAAACCGAGGCAAAAAGAAGCAAAAAAUCAACGACGACCACAUUUUGCGUAGAGAUCAGACCGAGUGAUCCCUAUCAGAAGCCUUAUCAAGUUUGUGAACCCUCGGCUCCUCCCACUUACUAUCCCUCGCCUAGUUACGGAGAACCCCCGAAACCUUCUCCGGCACCUUACGGUGCUGCCCCGGCUCCAGCUUCUGCCUACCAUGCCGCCGCCGCUCCAGCUGCCGCCUAUCCGGCUCCCGCUCCGAAACCGGCUGCAAAACAAUAUGGGUCUGCCCACAGUUCAGCUACCUAUAGUGCCUACCGCAAUGCCGAGGAAUCCAACGAAGAAGAAGGUGCUGGUGUGCUUGGAAUGACGGAAGCGUCCGACGAGGAUGAACAAGAUGGAUCGAACGAAAUAUCGGGCGCCAUGAUGAGGAAAGCCGAAUAUGGUGGAUAUGGCGCACCUAGCUACGGUUCCCCGACUUAUGGUGGCGGGUAUGCAGCAAGCGCGGGUUAUGGAGCACCCGUUUCUUUCGUUCCGGCAAAGAAAAAAGCCCAUAGCGGUUUGGUAAUUACAUGCCAACCUAAUCUGGCGGGAUACGCCCAUGGUAUUCCGAGCGUGGGAUAUGGCGGCGGAUACAGAUCGUCCAGCGGUGGAUAUGGAAGGCCAUAUUCUUACGGAUCGUACCCACAGCCGCUAUACAAACCACCGACAUAUAAUUUACCAAGCUAUUCGCUGUCUGCAUAUAAAGCUCCGCCUGCAUAUCCUCAAUCACCCGCAUACAAAGCGCCUUCGUAUGGACCACCCGCACCAUCGUACAAGCCGCCUUCGUAUGCCGCUCCAGCGUAUAAACCGGCGGCUCCGGCUUACUCUCCACCUGCUUAUGCCGCCCCUGUAUAUAAAGCACCAUCGUACUCCGCUCCGGAACCGGCCUAUCACCCAGCUCCAACCUAUCAGGCUCCAGCUUACAAAGCACCUCCAGUACCGUCUUAUUCACCGGCCCCAUAUUCUGCUCCAACUCCAGCCUUCUCGCCUCCGUCUUACAAGGCACCAGCACCAAGUUAUGCUGCCCCUACGUACAAACCAGCCCCGUCUUACGCCCUUCCUGCGUACAAAUCACCCUCCCCACCAGCAUACUCGGCUCCUGCACCAGCCUAUGCACCACCGGCAUACAAAGCACCCUCCCCACCGGCAUACUCGGCUCCAGCAGCAGCCUAUGCACCACCGGCGUACAAAGCACCCGCCCCACCAACAUAUUCGGCUCCAGCACCAGCUUAUGCACCACCUGCGUACAAAGCACCAGCGCCACCAGCAUAUUCGGCUCCCGCACCAGCAUAUGCACCACCGGCGUACAAAGCACCAGCCCCACCAGCAUAUUCGGCUCCAGCACCAGCUUAUGCACCACCGGCGUAUAAAGCACCCUCUUAUUCAGCACCUGCCCCGUCAUAUUCAGCGCCCCCUCCGGUUUAUUCGGCCCCGUCACCGCCGCCUUCGUAUCAUGCUCCAAGUCCAGCCUAUUCUCCACCUGCACCCGAAUAUUCCGCUCCGCCUCCAGUUUAUAAAACUCCAUCGUACUCUACACCGCCCACUUAUGGAGCGCCUGCUUAUUCUCCUCCCAGUCCUCCUCCAUAUUCUGCUCCUGCGCCAUACGAAGGCGGUUACAGGUCCGCUGAAGAAACGGACAGCCAUUCAAAAACUCCUGUCGAUGUAAACGUGGAAAAAAUGGACGUGCAUGAAAAAGAAGAACACACUAAGAAAAAAAUGGAGGAGAUAAUUCAUCAAAGAGCUGCGGGAUCAUCGUGGCACUCUGAAAUGACUUCUUCUCCUCACCACGAGAUGGUUAAUGGGACAGGUAAUUCCGAGCAUCAUAUCCGGGUUGAACCUGAAAAGCACGCACCAACGACUGAGACCCCACCUAAUGAAAACGCAGUGCGUUCAGUUCAUGAACCUGGAUGGAAAAGCGACAUGAGAACAAGCGACAAAGAUGAUUUGGAACAUGGCAUGAAAGCAAGUGUCGAAAAGAUGAUGCGAGAAAGUGACAAUAAGAAAGGCAGUGCUGGUUGGGAUGCAGCAAUGAGAAACGCAGAACCUUCCCUUGGCAUUGUUCAAAAUAUGUUUGACAGUUAAAUAUUGGUCUGUUAUUUACAACUUUUUUUACUUUUGUACCGAUUAUAUGUUAAUAAA